AUGAGCGGACGAAACUCGAUGGAUAUCGACCCUCCGUCGUCUCCUCCCCAACAGCAGCAGCAGCAGCCUCCUCUGCAGCAGGCCGCCUCCUUCACGGUGCCCAUCACGAAUGGAGGGACGACGAGCCCUCCUCCCCAGGGUGACAUUCCCGUUCCUCCGCCUCACAAGUCCCAGCCAAGUAGCCCGAAGCCGUCACCGGCGGAAGAGGCCGAGUCUUUCAAGAACUUGGGCAACAAGUUCUUCAAAGAAAAGAACUAUGCACGUGCUAUUGAGGAAUACACAAAAGCCGUCGAGCUCCAGCCAAACUCGGCCACUUACCUGAGCAAUCGGGCUGCGGCAUACAUGUCUGCAGCGAAGUACGAGGCUGCCCUAGAGGACUGUCGGCGUGCUGCGGAUCUUGAUCCCCAGAACUCCAAGAUACUGCUACGUCUCGCGCGUAUCUACACGAGUCUGGGCCAGCCUGAGGAGGCCAUGAUUACCUUCGAGCGCAUCCGCCCACCUCCGUCAGCUAAGGAUAUGGCCCAGGCUCGGGAGAUGCAGCAGCACAUUCAAUCAGCCCAGCGCAGUCUCCAGGAUGGCACUGGGUCAAUGGUGCUGCACGCACUUGAUAUGGCGGAGAGGCUCUUGGGCGUUGGCGCUCGCAAGCCGCGCAAGUGGCAGCUGAUGCGAGGCGAGGCUCACCUGAAGAUGGGCAAUGUCAAUUCUCUGGGCGAAGCUCAGAAUGUUGCCAUGGCCAUCCUGCGGAACAACAGCCAGGACCCCGAGGCCCUAGUGCUACGGGGUCGUGCAUUGUACGCUCAGGGAGAAAAUGACAAGGCGGUGCAGCAUUUCCGCAAGGCUCUGAGCUGUGAUCCUGACUUCAGGGACGCCAUCAAGUGGCUGCGGAUUGUGCAGAAGCUCGACCGCAUGAAGGAAGAAGGCAACAGCGAAUACAAGGCCGGUCGGUGGCAGGCUGCCAUCGACAAGUACUCGCAGGCGUUGGAGAUUGACCCGUCCAACCGAGGCACCAACUCGAAGCUGCUUCAAAACAGAGCUCUGUGUCUGACAAAGCUCAAGCAGUACGACGAAGCAAUUCGCGACUGCGAGAAGGCUAUAUCGCUUGACCCCAGCUAUACCAAGGCUCGGAAGACCAAGGCCAAUGCUCUUGGCGCCGCCGAGCGGUGGGAGGAUGCAGUUCGCGAAUGGAAGUCUAUCGCAGAACUGGACCCUGAGGACAGGACAAUCCAGAAGGAGGUGAAGAGGGCGGAGCUGGAGCUGAAGAAGAGUCAGCGCAAGGAUUACUACAAGAUCCUCGCGGUAGCCAAGGACGCCGACGAUGCCACUAUCAAGAAGGCGUACCGCAAGCUGGCCAUUGUUCACCAUCCCGACAAGAACCCUGGUGACGAGCAGGCAGAGGCGCGGUUCAAGGACAUCAGCGAAGCCUAUGAGACCUUGAGCGACCCUCAGAAACGAGCUCGUUAUGAUAGCGGAGAUGAUCUGAUGGACCCGUCCGAUAUGUUCGGCGGCGGUGGCGGAAUGGCUGGUGGAAUCGACCCAGAGAUCCUCUUCAGCAUGAUGGGAGGCAUGGGAGGCGGUGGAGGAGGUGGCGGCGGCGGCUUCGGUGGUGGAUUCCCUGGUGGCGGGAGCUUCCAGUUCACAAACCAGGGCGGCGGCAGCCGACCUCGCGGAUUCCCAGGUGGCUUCCACUACACUUGA